AUGGCUACUCCUUCUGUUGCCAUUGCCGGGGCCACCGGCAAUCUUGGCCCUGCCAUCCUUGAUGCGCUUGUCAAAGCGCAGCCACCAAUGCGAGUCACCGUUUUGACUCGUGAAAGGUCCAGUGUCCCUCAGAACGUGCUUGAGGCUCCGAAUGUCGUCGUCAAGGUAGUCGACUACUCUUCAGCAUCGUCAAUUGCAUCCGCACUUACGGCAAUCACGCAUUGUAUAUCGACUCUUCCGUCUCAUGCACUUGGCAUACAAAAAAGCCUCAUUGACGGAUGUGUCGCUGGUGGCGUGGGCCAUUUCAUACCCUCGGAGUUCGGAGCGAACUUCCUCGAUCCAGUGUUGAGAACCAUACCAACCUUUGGGCCUAAGGCAGAGGUGGAUGAGUAUGUCGAACAGCUCCGCUUGAGUGGGAAGAUCGAGUACACUUUGAUUCGAGUCGGUGCAUUCUUGGACUGGGGCUUGAAUGGAUGGCUAAUCGACCCAAGAAAUAAGAAGGCAGAGCUCUGGGACGGGGGUGAUGCAGUGAUGAGUCUGACCACUUUGUCGACAAUCGCAAAGGUUGUGAUCCAGGUCGUCCGAGGCCAGACAGUUGGCAAGAAUAUCAUACAGAUUAGUGACACCAAUUUGUCACAGAAGCAACUGUUGAAGCUCUGUCAGGAGGUAGUAGGUGCUGACGGUUGGCAAAUCACGACUUUGGACGUGGAGUCCAGAGUCCAGCUGGCGACGGACAGGCUCUACAAGGGAGAGGCGGAGUUGGACGAUUAUGUUGCCUUUAUUAAGAAGGCCCUCACACGUCCGGGGAAUGCAGCACAUUGGGACAAGGAUGACAACGACCUUUUGGGCAUCCAGACCUUGACCGAUGCCGAAUUGAAGGAUAUCAUUGAGGGGAUUAUCAGCUAG